AUGGUCGCUGCUACUGCAUCUGCUCCUAAAUCGCCCAAGGCUCCAAAGGCACCCAAGGCCAAUAAGGCCCCUACUGCUCAUCCUCCUUUCGCCAAGAUGAUCAUUGAGGCCAUCGCCGCCAUGAAGGAGAAAGGUGGCUCAAGUCGUCAAGCUAUCCUUAAGUACAUCAAGAACCACUAUAAGGUUGACGAGAAGAUUGCUGAGGUCAAUGUUCGACGAGUUCUUGUCUCGGCCACCGCUGCUGGCAAACUAGUUCGCGUGAAGGGUGCUGGCGCCAGCGGUUCCUUCAAGAUUUCCCAGAAGGCUGAGAAGCCAAAAGCCGCGGUCAAGAAGCCCAAGAAGACGGUGCCCAAACCAAAGACCACUCCAACUAAGAAGGCUUCAACAGUAAAGAAGGCCCAUCCCAAGCCUAAGAAGCCUGCCUCCGCCUCUAAGCCCAAGAAGGUCGCAGCAAAAAAGCCUAAGAAGCCCGCGGUGAAGAAAACCCCCAAGAAGGCCCCAGCUGCCAAGAAGUAG